UGCGCUCACGCCCCGUGUUGCAAAUUGCACCACAACUCAUCAACAGGCAGAAGAAGAAGACAACCACAAACCACAACACCAGCCAACCACCACAACGCCCAGCUACCGUGUCACUGUAUCUGGAACGCGGCUGUUCCCCCCUCGCUCGCUCGCUUUGACCCACUGCGACCGCUUGUGUGUUGUUGCAACAACACCAGCUUGUGUCUGUCCCUGUGUAUGUGUGUGUGUGCGUGCACAACACCAGAAAACAAGCGACCGAACGUGAGGUGUCGCCAUGUCCAUGAACCACAACGUGAAGAUCGGGUGUGUCUUGCCCGACACCCCAAACGCCAUGCCCAAGCUGCUGGAGGUGCAAAGGGGACAAACGCUGCAGGAAAUCGUGCACGCGCUGUGCCAGCACUUCAAGGUGGACGACGAAGCGCACUUCUCGCUGCGUAUCGUCGAGACCAACCAGUAUGUCACCCCGGAGAACUGCAACGAGGUCCUCAAGGACGGCAUUGUGUUGCAGCUGGCCAUGACCGCGCAGGGCCUCACCGCCCAGCUACUCAGGCAAAUGCGCUCAAGCAACCCUUCCGAGAAGGAGCAAGCCAUCAAGAACAUCAAGAAGGAAACCCACGACAAGACCGUGGCCAAGGAAUUUGUUACCCAAGGCGGCUUGCCGCUUGUGCUUGAAGCCGUGACCAUGUUCAGGGGUGCAGGCCUUCACUCCCCUCUCGGCUACUCCCUGCAGGCGCUGGUGAACAUUGUGCGCCACGACUUGGUCGAUCUCCGCGACCUGCACAAGAAGAACCCAACCCUUCUCUCCGAGAUGAUUGCCGACACCAAAGCGGAGAGCGGGUUUGUCAUCCACACGUCGCUGCAGCUCCUUGCCGCAUAUGAACUCCGCGUCCCGGAAGCGCGAAGAGUGGUGGAGUCGAUGAUCAGCAUCACCCGCAUCAUCGAGUUUAUCAAGCAGUUCGACUUCCAGACGCAGGAGUCUGGUCUUGCACUGCUCAAUGCGCUCAUUCAAGCGCACGCCGGCGACCCCGCCCGCGAGAAGGAGGCAGAGUCGCUGUUCCGGACAUUGGAGGAGCGCAACGUGUUCCGCGCAUUGGGAUCACGCGAUUUCUCCCAAAAGCCCGUCCCGCCCGAAUAUGCACACCAGCUCUAUGUGUUCCAGAAGUUGUGGCUGCGUCGCCUCGUGCAGCGCUCGUACGCAGAAUUUGACUGGGCCGACCAGGAGGCAAAGGCGAAUUUGCAGGCACUCGUGCAGUGUCUUCCCACGCUCAGCGAAACAACAGACGGAACGGAGUGCUCUACAGAUGUGGACAAAUUUCGGCUGCUUGGUUUCCAGGACCCGGCCAACCCGGAGACGGAGUUCAGGGAGGCGCCAGGGAUGCUGACGCUCGAUGCGCUCACGUAUUGGGUUCGCAACAGCGAGGACAGCUACACGAAGCUUGCUGCAGACCAGAUCUCGCGGCCUGCGCUGUACACAUGCCCGUUUGUCGGGAUGGCAAAGUCAAUGCUUGCUGUUCUCCUACAGGUCCUGCACGCCGAGGAUGAAUUGACGAACGACGGCGUUGAGUAUCUGCCCAUCCUCUACUCCUCCCGAAAUGCCUUCUUCGAGAUGUUCCUGGCGUGCAUGCAGCUUGGACUUCGCACAUGGAAGGAGAUGGAGGCAAAAGUCACCGACAAACCAAAGGUGCUGGCGAUGGUGCGUAAGCAAAUCCAGCGCGUGUUUGAGCUCCCGCGCACAUCUGCACCGACAAACAUGGACGACUUCAAGAACUGCAUGCUGCAGCAGUCGUUCCAAGAGAUGCUGGAGGAGCAGAAGAACGAAAUCCUGACAGCGGAGGAGAAGUUGUUGCAGUCGGAAAUUGUGUCCGGUCUCUACGAUCGGUUAACGCGCGACAUGACGGAUCUCGUGUGCCAGCAGCGGCUCGCCCAGAUGGUGCAGGGGGCGUGGUUCGGUGUUGUCGGCCGCGCAAAGAAGGCAAAAGCAAGUCGGUUCUACGUGAUGCUGGCUCCAAACCACAAGACGCUCCACUGGGGCGACCCCGUUGACCGCGACGUUGCCAGCGUGCCCACACUUCACGACCUCCCACACAAAUGCGACACCUCUGAGAUCAAAGUCAUCUAUGUUGGCAGCGAUGUACCGUCCAUUGCUGGGAAGAAGAAGGUUGAGGAUGUUGACAACGCGUUUGCGAUUCUGGCGUCGGAUAUGGAGGAGGCGCUUGAGAUGGUCGGCGCAAAUGCAACCACGACUGCCGUGUGGUUGGAUGGGAUCCGUGCACUCGUUGGUCAGGACAUGCAAGAGGCCUCAUCCCUCUCCGAAAUCAGACGCCUGGCAAAGAUUGAGCUUCGGCUGCACCUGCUCAACCUGCACGGGCUGGACAUUCCAACGAGAGCGCCAGAGGUCCCGCCGCUUCCUGCUGACAUGAACUUCCAAUACACCGACAUGGAUGACGGCGUGUGCGCGUGAGGUGCAAUUGCUUCGGGUUGUCGUCGUGGCGUCGUGGUGUGUUUGGUCUUUCCAUUGCCGUGAGGUGGGUGUUCUUCUCGGGCGCAUGCUCUUGCUGUUUGUUACGACACGAAUACGUCCCUCUCGUUGUUGUUGUUGUUGUUGUUGUUGUUGUUGUUGUUGUUGCUGUUGUUGUUUUGCUCGUCAGGCGUUCUGUUUUCCUUUUGUUUGUUUGUUUGUUUGCUUGCUUGCUUGUUUGUUUUUCGCUUCUCCUGUCUGUUUACUCUGAUGCCGCUUCAUACAAAGUGUCUUCAUCAUGGCAGUGACUCGCUACUCUCCUCCGAAUACAGAUACACACAGUAAUUCCCCAAAGCAAACCACAAUUCACAUGCACAAACAAUACACACAAGCAC